UUAGUGCUUGAAUUUAUAAGCGACAUUAAUGGUUUCUCAAAUGGAUUAAAAUCAAACUCGUUUACAAACUAAUUUAGUCAUGAACCCUUUAACAAAUUCAACAACUAUGGGUACGAACAGUGUCUGCUGCAGCUCACAUGGAGAAAUUCAAGUUUUUUCAUUGUUCAUACAAGCUUAGUCGCAAUUGGUUAUGGCAGUUAGGCUGUUACUAGGUUGAUUCUUCAUCAGUUAGCAAAGCUUUGACUAUCUUGUAUAUAGCAAGAGAAGAGUGUUACAAUGGGGAGCCAGAUACCCAGAGGGAAUGUGAAUGUUCCAUCAGGGACAAAUUGGACACCUGCAAUGGAAAACUAUUUCAUUGGUCUGUUGUUGGAUCAGGUGCAUAAGGGCAACAAGGUGAGCUAUACUUUCAACAAACAAGCUUGGAAUGAAAUGUUGGCUUUGUUUAAUGCUAACUUUAGGUCUCCUCCUCAUGAUGUUAAUCUACUCAAAAACCGGUACACGACUUUGUCGAUGAAGUUCAACGACAUCAAGAAUCUUCUUGACCGAAAUGGGUUCUCUUGGGAUGAGACUAGUCGAAUGGUAGUUGCUAGUGAUCGUGUUUGGGAUGCCUAUAUCAAGGUACACCCACAUGCGCAAGCCUACAGAGGUAAAGAACUUGUGGAUAUUAAAGAUUUGUGUUUGGUAUAUGCACAUGAAAGAACAGAUGGAAGAUAUAGCUUGUCGAGUCAUGAUGUCGACUUUGGUGAUGAUGAACAAGUGGUCAAUACUGGUAGUGGCAGAGAAGGUGUGUACCACUCCUCGGAUGGUGAUGAAUAUGUGAGAGGAAGUUGGACCUUACUCAUGGACUGUUAUCUUACUGACUUGCUGCUAAAUCAGGCACUUAAAGUUAAUAAUUCCAGUCAUGAUUUCACCUUUGAAGCUUGGUGUGAUAUUGUCACAUCAUUCUGCGUUAAAUUUGGUUCUCACUACACUAAAGAGGAUCUAAAGAAUAGACAGAAAUAUUUGGAAAAACAUUUUGAUGACUUAAAAGUUCUCACCAAGCAGUCUGGCUUUGCUUGGGAUGGGAAGCAAGAAAUGGUAAUGGCUGAAGACGAAGUAUGGAACUCUUACACCAAGGUGCAUCCUGAUGCUUUGUUAUAUAGAAAUAAAUUUGUUCCAAUCUAUCACAAAUUAUCCUUGAUAUAUGGCGGUGAGUUUUCUGAGGAAAGGUGCAGCCAUUCUUGUUGCAGCAUAGAUCAUAUUUGCAAUGGACCAAUUUCAACAAUAGGAGUUGAUGAGGACAUCCAAGAUUGUGCGAUAGAUUACUUUUCAAGGGUAGAUGGGACACCUUACAUGGACCGUUAUCUCAUUGACCUUAUGGUUGAGGAGGUUCGGAGGAGGAACAAGAUUGAUUAUGUUCGCAACGAUCAAGCAUGUUUAGAUAUGGUUGUGAUGUUCAAGGAAAGAUUUGGUAUACAAUUUGAUAAAAACUACCUCAAGCAUUGUUGUAAAGGUUUGGAAAAGUUAUACCACAAGAUGAGAAGUCUUCUUGAAGAGAGAGGGUUCUCAUGGGAUGAAACACGGCAAAUGAUCACUGCAUGUAAUGGUGUCUGGGAUGCUUAUAUUAAGGAGCAUCCUGAUGCAAAUUCUUACAGAAAUCACCAAAAGCCAAAUUAUAAUGAUCUAUGCUUGAUUUAUGGAAGUUCAGAUACUGAGUUGACAUGUAACCCAGCUAAUCAAAAUGUUGGAUACAAUGAUUGCAGCAUCAUAUGUCAAAAACUUCACUGGAGAAGUAAUUGGACCCCACCAAUGGAUCGUUAUUUUAUGGACUUGAUGUUAGAGGAAGUGCGAAAUGGAAGCAUGGUUGAUCAUAAGUUUGACAGAUUAACCUGGAGAGAUAUGGUGGCAAAAUUUAGUGCAGAAUUUGGGUCCCAGUAUGAUGAAAAUGCCUUGCAAAGUCAAUAUAUGACUCUGAGAAAGAGAUUCAAUGAUAUGAAGACUCUGCUUAACCAAAGAGGGUUUGCCUGGGAUGAAAUGCAGCAAAUGAUAAGAGCUGAUGAAAGAUUGUGGGAUUCUUAUGUGAAGGUGCACCCUGCUAUGAAUGCAUAUUGCAAUAGAACUCUUCCAAGUUUCAAUGAUUUGUUUUUGAUAUAUGAAAAUACAAACUGUGGCCGAAAUGAACACUAUUCUGGCUUCUCUAGGGGUUCUUUGGAUAAUGGACUGAGUACUGAUGUUUGGGAGUACAACCAUUCGCCUCCUAGCGUUGAACCUAUGAGGAUGGCUUGGACAAUGCAAAUGAACCGUUAUCUGAUUAGCCUUUUAUUAGACCAGUUGAAUAGAGGGAAUAAGAUUGGUGUUACAUUCAGUAAGAAAGCUUGGUCCAGGAUGACUGCAUCAUUCAAUAGAGAGUUUGGACUACUUUGUGACAGAGAUGCCCUAGAAAAUCAGUAUUUGGGUCUCGUUAGAGUCUACAGAGAUGUGACAUAUCUUCUAAAUCAAAAUGGCAUUGCCUGGGGCAAAAUCCAGCACACGUCAAGGGGAAAUGAUGUUUGGCAGUCUUAUUUUCAGGAGCAUCCUGAUGCGAUUUCUUUUGAAGAGACCAUCCUAAAAAAUCAUAGUGAUUUGUGCUUACUUUUUGGGACUCCAAAACAGAAUGGUAUGCAGGGCUGUUUGAGAAUAAAAUUGAAGACCAAUAAUAACAAUUUUGGGAUGGAGAAUCAAGAAAUGGUGGGAGGCCUGCAAUCUUCAGCUAGGGAAUUUAAAAUAUCUAAUGGGAGAAAAAGGCGGAAAUCUGAAGCUGCAUUGACUUCCUCAAAUGCCAGAAAAGUUCAAAAAACCUCACUAGGUGAGAUGCAAGAAGAUUUAGAAGUGCAAAAUGACAACUCAAUAGAAAGCAUUGUUGCUGCACUUCAAACUGUACCAGACUUGGAUGAUGAGCUCUUCUUGGAGGCGUGUUUACUUCUAGAGGAUGAAAGGAAGGCUGACAUGUUUGUGGCAAUGGAUUCAACCGCGAGAAGAAGGUGGUUGCUUAAACAGCUUCCCCAGUUACAACAAUCUUAUUGUUAGAACUUGAUUUACACUUAGGUGUAAAGCCAAGUUUCUGUGGGAAAUUUGUUGCACAUAUUACACUGUUAAUUGCUGAGUAUUGGUACACUAGCCAUUCCUGAUGAGGCUUGAAAAAUUGUUUCCCAAGAAAUGCCUAAACAGAUUUCUUCUCUUUCAUGAAGUGUAUGAACAAGUUUACACUGUAGGUAAAAAGAGAAUAAAAACGAGUAUAUUCCAUGAACUUUAAAAA